AUGGGCGAGCACCCCAGCCCGGGCCCCGCAGUGGCCGCCUGCGCCGAAGCCGAGCGCAUCGAGGAGCUGGAACCCGAGGCCGACGAGCGGCUGCCGGCGGCGCCGGAGGACCACUGGAAAGUCCUGUUUGAUCAGUGUGACCCUGGGAACACAGGCUACAUCAGCACAGGCAAGUUCCGCAGCCUCCUGGAGAGCCACAGCUCCAAGCUGGACCCGCACAAAAGGGAGGUGCUCCUGGCUCUGGCUGACAGCCAUGCGGAUGGGCAGAUCUGCUACCAGGAUUUUGCCAACCUGAUGAGCAACAAGCGGUCCAACAGCUUCCGCCAGGCCAUCCUGCAGGGGAACCGCAGGCUCUGCAGCAAGGCCCUUCUGGAGGAGAAAGGGCUGAACCUCUCCCAGAGGCUGAUCCGCCACGUGGCCUACGAGACGCUGCCCCGGGAGAUUGACCGGAAGUGGUACUACGACAGUUACACCUGCUGCCCCCCGCCCUGGUUCAUGAUCACGGUCACGCUGCUGGAGGUUGCCUUUUUCCUCUACAAUGGAGUGUCGCUGGAUCAAUUUGUGCUGCAGGUAACCCAUCCGCGGUACCUGCAGAACUCACUGGUUUACCACCCGCGGCUCCGAGCACAGGCGUGGCGUUACUUGACGUACAUCUUCAUGCAUGCGGGGAUAGAACACCUGGGACUCAACGUGGUGCUGCAGCUCCUGGUGGGGGUGCCCUUGGAGAUGGUGCAUGGAGCUACCCGCAUUGGGCUUGUCUACGUGGCCGGUGUUGUGGCAGGAUCCUUGGCGGUGUCGGUGGCUGACAUGACAGCGCCAGUGGUGGGCUCCUCUGGAGGGGUGUAUGCGCUCGUCUCCGCCCAUCUGGCCAACAUCGUGAUGAACUGGUCAGGCAUGAAGUGCCAGUUCAAGCUGCUGCGGAUGGCUGUGGCCUUGAUCUGUAUGAGCAUGGAGUUCGGGCGGGCCGUGUGGCUCCGGUUCCACCCGUCAGCCUAUCCCCCGUGCCCUCACCCGAGCUUCGUGGCACACUUGGGUGGCGUGGCUGUGGGCAUCACCCUGGGCGUGGUGGUCCUGAGGAACUAUGAGCAGAGGCUGCAGGACCAGUCGCUGUGGUGGAUUUUUGUGGCCAUGUACACCAUCUUUGUGCUGUUUGCUGUCUUCUGGAAUAUUUUUGCCUACACCCUACUGGACUUAAAGCUGCCACCGCCCCCCUAACGGGCUGGAAGACCCAGGGCAGGGAGGGGAGGGAGAAGCAGCAUCAGAAAGGAGCAUCUGUAUUCUUUUGUCCCAUCACCAGCUCAGUGAGGCCGGGGAGGAGAGGACAAGAGACGCGGGGCAGACAGUGGAGGCUCUUUUCUGAAAGGCACCUGCUGGAGGAGUUGGAUGUGGCUACUGUUGUUUUUCUAGACUCUUCUGAAGACAUCGGGCCAGUAAAGACCUGGGGUGGGGUGAGAGUGGUCGUCCCUUUGGUCUGGGCUUGUUCCAUGUGUUCAGUGGUCUCCUUCCUUGUCACAGAUGGGGCAACAGCCUCAUCCUCCACCCUGACAGACCAUGAGUGUAAGGAAUGCCUGAGGGGGUAGUAG